AUGAUUGGUGUGGACUUGCGGGCGCUCACUCAGCCAGUGGGCAUCAUGCGAAUAAUGGCGGCCAUCCUCACCUGUAUGUGUUUUAGCCUGGUGGCAACAGUGGGAUACGUAGAGUCUCCCUACUGGGCGUGGUGCAUGUUCACCUGGUGUUUCUGCUUCUUCUUCACUCUUCUCAUUCUCAUCCUGGAGUUCACAACUGUCAACACCAAAUUGCCUUUUGCCUGGGAGGAUUUCACCACUGGCUUUGCCAUGCUGUCGACCCUCCUGUGUCUUUCCGUCUCCAUCAUAUACCCCACAUUUUUCACUUGCAAGACCUGCCACCGACAGAUCGGAGCCUCUGUUGUGUCCUGGGUUUGUUUCGGGGUGUACGCAGGCGAGGUGGUUUUAACUCGCCUUCGUCCAAGCGGGCAGAACAUCGGGUUCCUCUCCACGUUGCCCGGCAUCAUGAAGAUGCUGGAGACGUUCCUCGCCUGUCUCAUCUUCAUGUCCCUGGAGACAGGACAGUAUUCAAACUUCCCAGGAAUGCAGUGGUGCGUGGCCGCGUACUCCUUUUGCUUCAUCUUCGCCCUCCUCAUAAUCCUGCUCACCACUGCACAGCUGAACUCUUUUGUUCCGUUCUUUGACAAACUUGUGAUUGUCUAUAACAUUUUGGCAGCUGUGAUGUAUACAACAGCAAUGGUGAUCUGGCCACUGUACAGUUUCCGCAACAAUAAGAGACCCAUUACCUGUGCCUCCCUCUGUCCCUGGGAUAAACUGGUGAUGGUCACCUUCAUGACGAUAUUCAACGUCAUUGUUUACACCCUGGACACGGUUUACUCCAUACGCCUUGUGUUCUUUGUAAGCAAUGAGUGA